CACAGUCACAUUUAACUUGCCUUCCAACUUUCACAAUUGGUGGAUUCACCGAAGCCUUCCGGACUGGUCGUUGUUGCAGAGAUGAAUUUCCCUCUCUGCCUGCUGACUGCAGUUCUUUACCUGAGCGUGCAAUGCCAGGUGAAUGCUGAAUCCCAUUUGAGCAGGAGUGCCAUUGAAAGGGCGGUGAAUGCAGCCAAGGCCACAGUAGACGCAGCCUAUGAGUACUCCAGGAGAGUGAGUGUUGAACGCGUGAGGAGGAAUGCAGUGAGUCCGUCGGACGUCCUGCGCUUGUUGAAGCAGCCGGCCGGGGCGACGCGUAGUGCUGUGCGCGCUGCGGACUACAUGGACAAUGCACUUCGACUGAUCCAGGCUUCCUCGCAUAAACGUCAAAAGCGCUCCAUCAACGCCACAGAUCUGAUAUCUGAGGAGGAUCUGCAGUUCAUCGCCAGACUGACCGGGUGCUCUCCCCGACGUCGCAACCCGUCUUGCCCAACGGAUAGCAAGUUUCGCACUGCAGACAAUACCUGUAACAACUUAAAAAACGCGCGCUGGGGAGCUUCCAACACGCCUUUCGCCCGCUGGCUGCCUGCUGAAUAUCAGGAUGGAAUCUCUCUGCCCAAAGGCUUUGACCAAAAAGUCAACGGACAAAUCCUUCCCUUGGUCAGAGCAGUGUCCAACAACAUUCUGAAGACAGUGAACGGUGCUGUGGAUAGCGACCCCCUGUACACCUACAUGGUGACAAUCUUCGCCCAAUGGACGGAUCACGACUUGACUCUGACACCUACUUCACCCGUGAUCAGGUCUUUCAGUAACGGGAUUGACUGUACUGAGAGCUGUGAGAACACAGAGCCCUGCUUCCCCAUCAAGUUUCCUAAUGACGACCCUCGCAACCCGUCAGAGAAGUGCAUGCCCUUCUUCCGCUCAGCAACAGCUUGUGGAUCUGGCAACUCCGGACACAUCUUUGGAGCAAGCACCGUCCGUCAGCAGAUAAACUCUCUCACAGCGUACCUUGAUGUGGGUCAGGUGUACGGUGCAGAUGACACAAAAGCCCGUGUCCUACGAAACCUCACUUCAGAUGAGGGCCUUUUGAGAGUCAACGCACAGUACGAUGAUAACGGGCGCGAGCUCCUGCCCUUCGCCGCCUUGAAAACCAACAUGUGUGCCACCAGGGUGCGCAUUACCAAUGACAGCAAUGCAGCGGAGGUGCCCUGCUUUGUGGCUGGUGAGGACCGGGUCAAUGAGAAUAUUGCUCUGACCUCUUUGCACACACUGUUCAUGCGAGAGCACAACCGGCUGGCCCGUGCUCUGGCAAAACUCAAUCCACACUGGAACGGAGAGAGACUCUAUCAGGAAGCACGUAAAAUCAUGGGUGGAAAUAUGCAGGUUCUAACCUUCAGAGACUUCUUGCUUCACAUUGUUGGUCCAGACUUCAUUGCCAGCCAUCUGUCCACCUACCCUGGUUAUGAUGAAAACGUGGACGCCUCAAUGGCCAGUGUGUUCGCCACAGCUGCCUUUCGAUUCGCCCACCUGAUGGUUCAGCCUCAUAUGUUUCGUCUGAAUGAGCAGUACCAGGCGCACCCUGUUUACCCCAGCCCACUGCUGCACAGAUCCUUCUUCACACCGUGGAGGGUCGUCUUUGAAGGUGGUGUGGACCCACUCAUCAGGGGGCUGGUGGGUAGUCAAGCCAAGCUGAACACACAGAAAAACAUGAUGACUGAUGAGCUGAGGGACAGGCUGUUUCAAUUCACUGAAAAGUUGGCCCUGGAUCUAGCCUCCCUCAACAUGCAGAGAGGAAGAGACCACGCAAUCCCUGGGUACAACCAAUGGCGCAAGUUUUGUGGACUGUCACAGCCAAAAAAUGUGAGCGAGUUGGGUCAAGUGCUGAAUAACACAGACCUGGCCGAAAGACUCCUGGCUCUCUACUCAACACCUGACAACAUUGAUGUGUGGCUUGGAGGAGUCGCAGAGCCAUUUGUCCCUGGAGGAAGGGUUGGACCUUUGUUUGCCUGCCUGAUUUCCACUCAGUUCCAGCGUGUCCGCCGGGGUGACCGACUUUGGUGGGAGAAAGAUGGCGUAUUUACUGCUGCCCAGAGGAAUUCCCUGAGGGACACCUCGCUGGCUCGGAUUAUCUGCGACAACACAGGUAUCACUGAUGUACCGGAAAGUCCCUUCCUGUACCGUCCUCGAGGGGCUGGCUACACCCAAUGCAAGAACAUCCCUUCCUUUGAUCUCAGUCCAUGGAAGGAUGAUUGUAAUGACUCACGUGGACCCCCGGGACCACCAGGACCAAGUGGCCCCGCCGGACCCCCUGGACCCCCUGGACCUCCUGGGCCUCCCGGUUCUGCGUUUAAAGUUGCUUUCUCUGUCCGACUUGGCAACGGCUUCCCCAGACUUGGCCGGCCCUUGGCCUUCAGAGAGGUCAUCUACAAUGGACAGAACUCUUAUAACACAUCCACAGGGUUCUUUACAUGUGUGCAACCAGGUGUGUAUGAAUUCCAGUUCCACUGCACCAUCCUCAAUGGCAAGGGCAGUUUGGAUCUGAUCCGUAACUCCAAUCUGAUUCUGCACUCAUUCACCACCGUGCAGAGAGGAUCCACCACAGCUAGUGGCACCCUGUACGUUAAACUUGUCCCGGGAGACCGUGUCUAUCUGGUGGCUAAUUCUAAUGGCAACAGUUUGACAAGGGACAGUCUUUUCUCUGGGCAUCUGCUAUUCACAGAGUAGAAGACUGCUCUAGAAUAAGCUUCGGAUGCACAGCAUCCUCCAAACGCUGUUUUUCAAACUUCCAUUUAGUCUAAUGCUCAUUUUAUGAUGAUUUGAGGAUGUAAUCCCACUUCCAGUUUACUUUCCUGCUUUGUAAUAGAAUUUGGGGAGGCACAGGUGAUGCAAUUUUUUUUAAAGCAUUCAUUUUCUUUUUUGUUAAUUGAAAGAAAAGUCAGAAUUACCUGGUUAAAUAUAUCAAUGCAUAUUUGGGAAUACACUUGUAUGGGAAAUUCACUUUAAUUAAUAAAUGAAAUCAACUUUC